GUGGCCUCAUCGCGUUUUCCAUGGCCGACGCUUACAAUUCCCUGUCUCCAUCGAAAAUCGAGGAGGAAGAAGAAUAAGUCCAUCACCGGACCUAUCAACACUACACACAACUCGUGUCGGCACUACCAAGCGUAGACUCCGGCAAUGGCAACCCAAUCCACUGCUACGACGGCUGGCACGGGUUUCUGACGGGCAUAGUAGGCACCAUGGUCGCCCAAAAAUACUUCAAAGCUCGCCCUACCGACGUACUAGUCGCCACCAUCCCCAAGUCAGCCACCAUAUGGAUCAAAGCCCUCGUCUUCUCCACCAUAAACCGUGGUUCCUGCGUCGACUCCCGACAUGCCUUGGAGUCCUGCAAUCCCCAUGUGUACAACCCCUUCCUUGAACACCAAAUCUACACCAACAACCGAGUACCUGACCUGAGCAAGCUGCCACCGCCGCGACCCUUCGCCACGCACAUCCCUUUCCAGUCCCUACCGGCGUCGGUGACGGAGUCAGGCUGCAGAGUCGUGUACAUCCCCAAGGACAACUUCAUAUCCUUACGGCACUUCAACAACAGAUUCAGGACGGAGGCUAACUUGGAGCCAUGGACACUCGAGAAGGCCUUCGACAACUUCUGCAAGGGCUUCUCCAUCUUCGGGCCGUACUGGGACCAUGUGCUCGAUUACUGGAAGGCGCACUUGGAAAGGCCGAAGAAGAUACUGUUCGUGAAGUACGAUGAGCUGCAGCAGGACACCGUAGCUCAGCUGAAGCGGCUGGCGGAGUUCCUUGGCCGCCCCUUCUCGGAGGAUGAGGAGAAGGAAGGGGUGAUCGAUGGCAUCGUGCGGCUGUGUACCAUGGAGAGCUUAAGCAAUUUGGAGGUGAACAGGAGCGGCACCACGGACUUGGGGGAUUGGACGGUGGACAACAGCUCCUUCUUCAGACGCGGUCUGGUAGGGGAUUGGCUGAAUCAUCUCACGCCCGAGAUGGCUGAUCGAUCGGAUGAGAUGACGACGGAGAAGUUUGCUGGUUCUGGUUUGACUCUCUAA